UGGGGGAUGUAGAGGGAGAGAGUGAGAGCAGCAUUUGGGAAACCAGCUGAUCAGAGCUGUGGUAUUCUACCACAGAGGCACAGGGAAAGUAAUCGUGACUGGAAAAAGAAAAGAUAGGGAGAAGGUGGGGAGAAGACAGUUGAAGACUUUGUCAUCCUCAGAGAGAAAACACACAGGUAGCCUCCGCAGUAGAAAAGGAAAUGUGUUCUUCCCCUUUUGCGAACCUGGCAGCUCACAUGAAGAGGAGAGCGCUGUUGGUGAAGGUCUUUGGGAAGAUGUGAGGACUGCUGGCAGGGUGGAAUACUGAGGAGGAAACAGCAGAGAGAAGAGAUCAGCUCAGCGCUGGAAAGCAGCACCGUGGUCAAAUCUCGCUGAUCAGUUGAAUCGACAGACGGAAGGAAGAGGAACCCUGCUGAAAGUGAAGCGAUGUCUUGGCUGUCACCAGUGUCAUGGGCCAAAUGGACGUGGACGGCGGUGCGAGGAGCAGAGGGAGAGGAGGAAGAGGAUGAGGAGGGGCAGGAGGCGAGGGAGGCGAGGGAGCAACGCAGAGAGAGAGGAGAGGAAGAGGAGGAGAGAUCUCAAGGCUGCAGCUCUGACUCAGAGGGCCAUUUUGAGACUCCUGAAGCAGCAACUCCAGUCCAUGAACCUCUGCCGGCCCCAGGAGAGCUGGAGAACAACAACACUGAUACAGGCAGAGCAGAACUGGAGGAGGAUGAGCAGCUGAUGGUGAUUGGUCCUGCUGAGGAUCAGAAAAUGUUGCUCAACCACAACAUGGGUCAGGGUGAGCCAGUGAUCUCAAUGGGCAGCCCGCUGGAAAUAGGAGCCCAGACCCAAACAGCAGAACAAACAGAGAACCCUCCAGCAGACUCGUUCCCUGGGACUGUUCCUGAUUCUCCCUCAUUGAGGAGGGAGCACGAAAUGGCUGAAUGCACCACUCCAACCUCAGUCCCAGCUCCUGAGCCAUCCCAGUCCCCAGCACCUGUCUUAGUCCCAGCUCCUUCCCCUGAUCUGCCUCCAGCCACAGUACCUGACCCAGGUUCAACCCAUAUCAGCAGUCCAGCAGCCUGCACAGCUCCAGAGGCCCCUGAGGACACUCCCCCUGCUGACCCAGAAACAUUGUGUAAUGGCCUCCCUCACAAGACAGAGCAUCCUCGAAAGAGCAAAAGCCCUAAGUCUAAGCCUCCGUCUCUCAAGAUAAAGUCCUUGGAGAGCGAGCUGGCUCAGGAGAAUGAGGAACAAGAACUCCCAGUUCCAAAGGCCAGCUACAACUUUGAUCCUGACAGUAUAGAUGACAGCUUCAACCCUUUCAUCAGUGGUGGAUCCAAGAUCCAGAACUCACCCCCUCCAUGUGGUCCAAAGUCUCUCCCCAGGCUAGAGCCGCUCGGAGGCUCACUGCCUGUCUGUGAGGCAACCUCUGCAUCUAUAACGGAAGAGGAGGUGAUGGAGCCACCUUCAGACGUGAAGCCCGUGAAGCUGGAGUUUGGUCUGGAUGAAGGGGAAGUCAGCAAGCCUCCUACAAGGAAGUUAGGUGGGAAAAAGACAGUCAGCAAAGUCCCAGCCAAGAAGCAGAGGCCCAAAGCAUCAGGGGCUGCUAGUAAACCAGCACCAGAACCGACAGUAUCUGAACCAGUUUCUCAACCAGUAUCAGAACCGGUGCCAGAUCCAAUCGCAGAGACUUCUUCCGCAUCUGUUUCAGAGUCCGCCGCUCCUCUGAAUCUGGAUGAUAUUCCUAUUCCCAAGUCAGGAACGUAUAACUUUGAUCCCAGUCAGUGGGAUGACCCAAACUUCAAUCCAUUCGGUAGCAAUAGUAAGACGAGCCCAGUGCUCCCAAGGGGUUCCUAUAACUUUGACCCAGACAAUUUUGAUGACUCUGUGGACCCUUUCAAGUCCUCUAACACAAUAAGUAACGAGGACUCAUCCAGUAGCUCCCCACAGCUUGAGAAAAAAGAAAAAGAUGCAGGCAAACAGAAACCAGUGACCUCAAAAGAGGAAAAGAAAACAAAGCAAACAAAGAAAAACAAGGACAGGACAAUCACGAACUCCUGUAAAGUACAGAAAUAUGAAAACCAGUCUUUGGUCCUUGACGUGUGUAAUCAGGAGGAAGACGAGGUCGUGGUUCAGGCUCCAGAGAUCACUCAGCGGGUUCAUCACGCCACCGACGAGGAGAAGUUGGCCUCCACCGGCAUCAUGGGUCAGACCACAGACACCCAGGGGGGGAAAGGAGACUCAGAGUGCAAUAAAGCACGAGGCAAAAAUCAGCCCAUCAACGAUAUAUCUGGAAUUGAUGAGCCGGAGAUCAAGAUUGCAGACCAAAUAGAGGAGAAGGACACCUGCAGUCUGAAACAUGACAUGGAUGAAGAUAUAUCCAUCAGCAAAACAUCAAAGGUAAUUGGCAGUGAGGGCGAAAUCACAGCGACCUCUUCCCAGGACAAUAUACCUCUGAGUGAGAUGGACAAGGCCGCGGUGCUCACCCUGAUUAGAGAGGAGAUCAUCACUAAAGAGAUUGAGGCCAAUGAGUGGAAGAGAAAGUACGAGGAGAGCAGAGCAGAGGUUUUGGAGAUGAGGAAAAUAGUUGCAGAGUAUGAGAAAACAGUCGCACAGAUGAUUGAGGACGAGCAGCAGCAGAAGACUCUGUCCUGCAGUAAGACUGUCACCCAGCUGACCAUGGAGAGGGACCAGGCCUUGGCCGACCUCAACUCCGUGGAGCGCUCACUGUCCGACCUCUUCAGGAGGUAUGAGAACCUGAAGACUGUCCUGGAGGGCUUCAAGAAGAAUGAAGAGGUGCUGAAGAAGUGUGCGCAGGAGUAUCUGGUGCGAGUCAAACAAGAGGAGCAGCGAUACCACACCCUCAAGCUCCACGCUGAGGAGAAGCUGGAUAAGGCUAAUGAGGAGAUCGCACAAGUGCGUGGCAAGGCCAAUGCUGAGAGUGUGGCACUGAGCGCCAGCCUGAGGAAGGAGCAGAUGAAAGUGGAGUCACUUGAAAGAGCUGUCCUCCAAAAGAAUCAAGAGAUUGAAGAGCUCACCAAGAUCUGUGAUGAACUGAUUGCCAAGCUGGGAACAGACUGAACGGCCCUUAAUCAAACUUUCCAGCACUUAUAGUCCCACUUUUACACAGAUCUCCCUCGGCUCAAGCCCCACACUUCCCCCACUGUAACGUAUGAUGUAAAUACAUUACUGCAUCUCAGCACAUCCCAACUUUUCUCUCUGUCUGCUCGUUUGUUUUUCAAAAUAAUCCUUAAAAAGGCAGGCUGUGUGCACUUUGCUCAUUUGUGCUUUUCAGCCUGAAAUAUGAAAUCACAACAAUCAUUUCAAGAAGCACAUAGGAAAAGCACAUUUUAUUGGUGUAUUUAAGGACAAGUAUUUCUGAAGGAGCAAAACUUUGAUGAGAUUCCAACUUGAGGUUCAUUAAUCUGUCAAUUUCUGGAUCUUCCUUACAGUUCUGGAUCUGCCCGAUAGUGACGUUCCUGCAUGUGUCUUUGUACUUUUGAAUCACAAGCUCUGUCAGGGAUUUAAAGGCUCCCUAUAAGGUUGGGAGAUUCACCAGUUAUCCUCUCUUACUCCUACAAAAUGCAUUUAGCAAGUUUAGAAAAAUCUACAAGGCAGAGGAGUUUUAAAAUGCGUACAAGCUGUGUAUUCACAUUUUAUACAGCACGUUUUACACGAAACUAUAGAAAACGACAUGGGAGAGGUAUGUGCAAUAUUUGUUCAUUAAUGAGCUAAGGGGAAAUGCACAGGGAGAAAGCUCACACAUCACGUUUCUCUUUUUUGUAUCAUCAUAUUUAAUUAUAAUUCCCUUGGUCUACAGUGUAAUUAACUGAGUUGGUGAACCAGCAUUCUGAUGGGAGAUAUGACUUCAUUGAGUGCCUAAACAAAUCACUCUGUGUUAUAUUGUAUUCCUUUUUAUUAACUUGAAUUCUUCCUUCUGCCAUUUCCUUUGGCAAGGUAGUUUUUUUGUGAGGGAGCAAGUUCAAUCCAGCUUUCGUUUUUUCCUUAAUCGCAAAAUGAAUUGUAUCCGGUAUCACAGUGCAUAUCUUCAGUUUAUUUUUUUUUACUGUUAUUGCAUAUUGAAACAUUCUUCAACAGCUGAUAAAAUCCCUAGUUCUGCACAGUUUAAAGUGAAACCAGAGAUACGAGAUACACUAUGGCCCCCGCCAGCCUAACAUGUCAUAACAGCACUUAAGUGAAUCAUAUCUUCAAUUUAUCAUUUUGCAUAAUAUCACAUUCAUUUGGCUUGGCAGUGGGUUGAAAGUGAGCGGUGUGGACGAGAGAGUCAGUUUGAGAGUUUAUGUAGGAAAAACUUUGCUCUUUGCUCUUCUCAUUAAACCAAUUGCCAUAUUUUAAUUUUCUCUUCCUUUGCCUUUGAGAGCGGAAAAGUAAGUAGCACACUCUGUUGCAGCCAUGUAGAUAUUCUAUAUUCAUAUUUUUUCUGUAAACCCAAAUGUUGCUGAUGUGCCUUUAUUUUGCCUUUUUGUGGGAAAAAAGGUUAGUUUGGUUUUCUGUGAUUUUCCUUAUGCAGGUAUGUAUAUAUACAUACAUAUAUAUACACAGUGCAUGAUCAAAAUAUGCUGAAAAACAGUAAGUUAUAAUGAUUUGCAGUUCUGCAGUGGCAGGUCAGUGUGUGAACAUGGCAAGCUACAUCACACCUAAGGCCGGUUGCUGCUGCUAACAUUGGGAGCAGAUCAUGCAGUGAUACCUCUAUUGUCCAUUAUUUUAUCAUUUUUCUUGUCUGACCAUACCUUGAUUUGCUCAAAAGUGAGUUUUUGAAAUGUUUUAAAUAAGGAGGUGGACAGAUUGAAUUUAUUCUCUUGAACAAAAAGAGCUCCCAUCCUCUGGCUUUGUUAUGUGGAUCUGAACAAUCAACUGCCAAAUGUCAUUGCCAAAUCAUGUGGGUUUCAGUGACUUGGUGUCCUGUUGUGGUGGCGUUGCAUUUGUUUGAAGGUGCUUUUUAAUCCAAAUCCAUUGUCGCAGUACAAUAUGUGUAUAUUUUAUACUUUAAAAAAGAAAAGGAAAUUCAUAAUUUUGUUCUUAAUAUUUGUAAAAUGGAAGAAAUACAUAUGCCCAGAUUAUAUGUUAACUGCUAUAUUUUGUGCAUAAGGCAUUCCUGAAUAAAUGGUCAAGAUUUAA